UAGGGGUAUGACGGUGCGUACGCUGCGCAUGUGCCGAAAUAAAAAGUAGUCUCCUUCUGCCCUCUGGAGGAGAAAUACCUGUCUGUCACGAUGGCGUUUCAGGAAAAGCAAAACAGGUUUAAGAGGCAGCCAGAGAAGAGUGCCCCUGCUUCACAAAAUGGAAGAACUUCAGCUCCUAUUAAAUUCUCUAACGAUACCGAAAGGCUCCAGCAUGUUAAUAGCAUACGCAAAGCCCCUGUUGGGGCUCAGAUGAAGCGUGUUAUUGAUCUCCUAUUUGAGACCCGGAAGGCUUUAACGAUAGAGCAAAUAAAUGAAGCGUGUUACGUGGACAUGAGGGCUAAUAAAGAUGUUUUCGAGAGUAUGAGGAAAAACCCAAAAGUAAAAUAUGAUGGGGAAAGAUUCUCUUACAAGUCGAAGCAUGCCGUUAGGGACAAAAAUCAGCUGCUUUUCCUGGUACGUAAGUUUCCAGAGGGCAUUGCUGUGGUUGACCUAAAAGAUUCUUACCCAAAUGUGAUGGAAGACUUGCAGGCUUUGAAAGCUGCAAGGGAGAUUUGGCUGUUAUCCAACUUUGACUCUCAAGAGGACAUUGCCUACCCGAACGAUCCUAAAGUGCCCAUUAAGGUGGAUGAUGACCUAAAGCAGCUUUUUCGGGGGAUUGAAUUGCCUCGUGAUAUGAUUGACAUAGAGAGGGAUCUACAAAAAAAUGGAAUGAAGCCUGCUACCAACACUGCAAAGAGGAGGAGUGCAGCGCAAAUGGAAGGCAUUUCAUCCAAGCCUAAACCUAAGAAGAAGAAAAAUGAAAUCACUAAGAGGACCAAGCUGACUAAUGCCCAUCUUCCGGAGCUUUUUCAGAACUUAAAGUAAACAAUUCCUGACUUAAGGAACUCGUGGCAAGUGGUGAAUGAAUUCACAUGGCUCAUUUGUUGACAUAAAACAUGCUGUUAGAAUGUCUUCAUGUCUUUCAGAUGGAUAUGGCCUUUUUAUUGUAUUAGCAUACUGCUUCUGUUAUGGAUGUACCCAAUAGGAUGGAAACGGUGGCCAUUGCAAAUUCAGGUCAUUCCUUCUAUCUAGGCUUCUAAAGCAAAAGGGCAAGGAUGGUCAGAAUCCAUCUUCUGGUGAUUUUUCUAAAGACUAAACAAAAGGGCAGAUGGCGAACCAUGUUAGCGAACACGGUCAAUUAGCAGAGUGAAAAAUAUUGACGAGGUUCAUCAUUUGGGGUUUAUUGCUCAGCCUAAUUGGAUGUUAUCACCUAUUGCUACUUUUUAUACAUAUACAAAGAGUCAAAUGCAUAUUGCAUAGCUGAAGUUUGACUCAUUUUCACCUUUUAAUGCGCAAAAAUGAUCUAUUGCUACAUGUAGCAAAAGUGAUACUUCAACUUUUUACAAGAAGUUUUCGUUUUUAGCAGCUGUUUCAUUUCCUCCA